UUGAUGUCAUGAGAUAGGUCAUUCUCAUAGAACCUCUUCUCUUGCCCCGAUUGUGUUGUUGAAUGCUGAGGUCUCAAACGCAUGAAAAUCACAGUGCACUCCAUUCUAUACAGGUGCAAUCAAUCCACUUGAAAGCAAAGCAAGGACCACCAUGGACCCGUUACACUUUUUUCCCGCGUCCAUAUCCAAUGAAUGAAGUAGAAAACCUCUCUUCCUAAGUAAUACUCUUAUACCCUUUUCUACUUCCUACUCACUCUCAACUAAAGUUGCUUCCUUUAUCAUUUUCAACAAUGCCAAUGUCAGGGAUACUGCUCCAAAUAUUUCAAUGGAUCUGGUGUGUGUUUCAAGAAGCCUAUGCUCAUAGAUUGUGAUCCUCUUGUCUUCAUUUUCCCCAUCUAGUGCUGCAAACCAAUAUUUGCAGUUGCGUUGUCAGUACAUUCGCUGCUAGUUGGAGUUAUUGAGAGACAAAAUGAGCACACGUAGUAUGUUGGAUAUUGUUCUACACGAUAUACUUCGGGUGGUCACACCCUUACAAGAAGAUUGGGCGAUACGUUUUGCAAUUAUUAAUGAUUUCCGAAGCAUUGUUGAAUCUGUGGAAAGCCUGAGAGGAGCAACUGUUGAGCCAUAUGGAUCAUUUGUAUCUAAUCUCUUCACACGAUGGGGUGACCUGGAUAUUUCAAUUGAGUUAUCAAAUGGUUCACAUAUUUCAUCUAUUGGGAAAAAUCAAAAACAGAGGUUAUUGGGAGAUCUUAUAAAAGCUUUGAAACUGAAAGGUGGAUGGAUCAACUUGCAGUUCAUCUCCCAUGCGCGAGUUCCCAUUUUAAUAUUCAAAAGCCGCCGACAGGGUGUAUCUUGUGACAUUUCAAUCAAUAACCUGCAGGGUGUGAUCAAAUCCAAGCUUUUGCUUUGGAUUGACAGGAUAGAUGGCCGCUUUCGAGAUAUGGUUUUAGUGGUAAAGGAAUGGGCCAAAGCACAUAAAAUCAAUAACUCUAAAACUGGAACUUUCAACUCGUAUUCUCUCAGUUUGCUAGUAAUCUUUCACUUUCAGACAUGUGUUCCUGCAAUUUUGCCACCACUUAAAGAUGUAUAUCCUGGCAAUAUGGUUGAUAAACUGACAGGUGUUAGAGCUGAUGCAGAGGAUUUUAUUGCGGAAACAUGUAAUGCUAACAUAAACCGAAUCAUAUCUGACAAAUCCAGGCCAAUUAACAGAAAAUCUUUGCCUGAACUUUUUGUUGAAUUCUUAAGAAAGUUUGCUCAAAUGGAUUCAUGGGCCUCAGAGCUGGGAAUUUGCCCAUAUACCGGACAAUGGGAACAGAUAAAGAACAACAUGAUAUGGCUGCCCAAGACUUAUGCAAUAUUUGUUGAGGAUCCUUUUGAGCAGCCACAGAAUACUGCAAGAUCUGUCAGUGCAGGACAACUGAGUAAGAUAUCCGAGGCAUUUCUAAGGACAUACAGCGUACUUACCUCCAAAAAUCAGAAUCAAAAUUCUCUCUUGACUUUCUUAGCACCACCAGAGGUGUCAAGGUUAAUUAUAAAACCUGUUAUCCCAAAUUACAAUGGUGGUGGUGGCUAUUUCCACCCACCUCAGCUGCCACUACAUGUGCAGAGAGCCGAGCACCCACGCCAUCAACAUCGGUCGCAGCGUCGUGUUCACAAUGGAAGUCAAGGAACAACCAAUGGCCAAAAUAUGGAGGCAAAAGAUCCAAUAGCCAAAACACAGAAGGGAAACUCCAACAGUUCAACUUCAAAAGUACCACCUGUGCAGGUACGUCAAGGCCAGCAGAUAUGGAGGCAAAAGAUCCAAUAGCCAAAAUUCAGAAUGGGACCUCUUUUUUUGCAUUGAGAACUUAAUGGGUUUAGCUAUUCAACAGGUUCUAACUGUUGUCUACUUUUUGUUAAUGAGUACCAGAAUAAUGGUAUUUCUUAUGUCAUGAUAAUGAUUACCAUGAUUUUUUCUGCUGCUGGGGAUUACAAGGAUUAUUACUUGAUAUUUUUGUGGGGGAUUACUAAUGUAAUGCCUUAAUUAGACACUUUAUUAGACAAUUCUAUUCAUUGCAUAUGACCCGGCUAA